AUGAGUCAACUAAAUGUCCAAAAGCCCAGGCUUUUCGGGUCUGGACUGACCGCCAAUCAGCCCCAACAGAGCGGAAGUCUUUUUGGUAACACGGAACAACAACAGAAUCCUUCGCCUUUUGGGUCAUUAGGUACUCAAUCGAAACCGGGUGGUCUUUUCAGUAAUCUAGGCCAACAACAGCAGCCGCAGACGCAACAGCAAAACGCUGGACCGUUCUCGGGCUUCGGUUCCAGUACCCAGCAACCCCAGCAACAAAGCGGAGGGCUCUUUUCUGGGUUUGGCUCUACAGCACAGCCACCGCAGCAGCAACGACAGGGUACUAGUUUAUUUUCUGGUUUUGGGGCUCAACCGCAACAGCAGCAAGCACAAGGCGGGAGUAAUAUGUUUGCUAGUCUAAGUACUGCUACUCCUCAAACCCAGCAACAGGCAGGUAGUUUAUUAUCUGGGUUUGGCUCCACAGCACAGCAACCGCAGCAGCAGUCGGGGGCUACAUCAUUAUUUUCGGGCUUUGGCCAGCAACAGCCACAACAACAGCAACAGCCAUUUGGUUCUACUGUUGCUGCACUGGGACAGCAGCAGGCUCCACAGCAAUUGGGCCAGACCCUCGGCCAAUCUCAGGGCCUUGGCUCUACCAUAUGGACUCCUGGGCAAGGAAUGACCGGUGUCCAUCGUACCGUUCCAAUGCAGAUGACGAUUGUCAGGGAAAAGUGGGACCCAGUUAACCGAGUUUCUCCAUUUCGCGGAUACACUUACAAUAACCCGGGUGAAGAAACUGCACCUUUCUUCCAGCCCACCGUAGACGAUGACGAGAAUAAAUGGGAAGAGGCGUUACGCAAAAGACCUGGUCCUAAUUUCGUUCCAGUUCUUGUCAGAGGCUUCUGGGAGCUUGGGAAGCGAGCGCAGCGGCAGAGGGAUUUUCUGGCAAUGAUACAAACGAGGUUACAUGAAAUUAACACCGCUCUUACCGGAUUACUUUCUCGUCACGAUCUUAACAUUUCAGUCAAAAUAGCUGCCUGCAAGAGGAGGCAUCAAGUCUUAUACCAACGAUGCCUUGCUCUAGCUGCGAAAACACAGCUUCUUAGAAAUCGAGGGUAUGCAAUGGACGAAGCAGAAGAAGAAUUAGCAAAAAAGCUGCUCCAACUUGAACGGUCUAUUUUUGAUCCAACCUUGAAUGGAAGGUCCGAGGAAAUUUGGGCUAGGAUGUUGGCAAUCAGAGAAAAUAUCAAACGGCUGCAAAUGGAAGUUGAAAGAACUGGUACUGAAGCCCUGAAUCAAGGAGAUGAUACCUUAAGUGACGCACAGUUAAAGACAGCUAAGAAAAUUCUUGAUGAUUAUUCCUCGCAAAUACAACACCUGAACAAAGAGCUAGCUGCGAUUCAGACAGAAUACGGGCGCCUUGAAGUGCCUGUUAUGUCUUGA